AUGGAUAAGUAUGACUGGGAAUGGGAAAUCCUUCACCCAACAGAGACACCGUAUGAAAAUAGAAUCUACAGCUUGAAGAUGGAAACAAGCCCAAGGUACCCAGAUGAAGCUCCUAGUGUGAGGUUUCUCACAAGAAUUAACAUGACUGGUGUCCAUAGCACCACAGGAUUGAUUGAUCCAAAAAUUGUUCCUUUGCUCUCACACUGGCAGCGGAGCUACACUUUGAAGAAUGUGCUGUAUGAGUUGCGACGGCUAAUGAUGAUGAAAGAAAACUUGAAGUUGUCACAACCACCUGAGGGAAGCUCCUUCUGAAUUUGGCUAAAAUUUGGCUAAUUGAGCAAGUACAGAUCCCUUGCAAUGUCCCUUCCAUGGGAGGGGAAUCCAUGCCUUCUAACCAUGACUUGUGAUAUCCUUGAAAUAGGCCUCAAUGAUGGGCAAUGCAUGUAUGCACUUUGACAUGCGUAUCCUGUGUAGUUCACCUGUGAUCCAAGCAUGAUAGGCAAACACCAAAGUAGUUGAUUAGGACUCCUUUCCAGCUCCUUCAUGUUUGCACGCAUGCAUUCCAUUGUCAUCAUUUGUCACUGGAUCAAUGGCCCAGACCUUUUUGUUAGUCCAUUGGUUGUGGAUUCUCAGUUUGGUGUCUCCCGUGAUGGGAUCAGUAUAUGAAUUCCUUAACAUUUAUUCUUGUUUUGUCACUUUAACCAUCUCCUUUGUGAGUGGUCUGCUACUACUUCCUCUCCAUGGUGUCUUGUGCUAUGUCCUGGUCCUCCCCUUUUCCCUGUAUUGUGUCUCAAUGACCUCCACGUGUGGUGGUGUGGUAUGAAGUUCGUUCAUGAGUCAAUAUAUGAACUGACAACCAAAUCAUUAAGAGAAGGAAUAUACAAUCAAUAAGUUAAUGCAUUAUAUACCUUAAGAGACAUGGCAGUAAACAAACAAUGUAUCAAAUGUUGAAAUUUGCUGGAGUGUGUUAAACGUAAGCUAACCCUCAUCAGUAUUGAGAAUGAUCUUGUUCCUAUGCACCUUGACCCAUCUCCAUGUGUCUUUGAUGCGUGAAAAUUUCUUACCAAACAUGUUCCUGCUGGAGUUCCAAAAAUGAAGGAAUUAUUGCAAUGCCAUAAAGCCUCCAAUGUCUUCUGUCAUUGAUAAACUUUUUGGUGAUGAGACCCUGUGAUUAUAGUGUAGUCAUUUGAUCAUAUGGAGGCAUCUCAAUAGGCCAAUGUGGAGAACCUAGUCUGAAUGGUUAGAGCCCAUGAAGUGCUUCAUUCCAGCUACUCAAAUGUGGAACUGAUUUUUUUUUUUCCUAGUUCAUAAUUUUCUAGACAGUGGUCUUAGAUGCAGUCUUUGCUCUUGAUCUUGUAUGAUAAGUAAUGAAUAGAAGACUCCAUGGUGUUGCUGGUGAUUCCCAUGCUCUUGAGGAAAGGUUUCUCCAUCUGUGUUUGUGACCUAGGUUUUUCUGACAUUUGCUAAUGCCUGUUUUAUGCAAAUGCUCAAUUAAAUUUUGUUAUGCCC